GGCUGUCAAAAUCCCGACUCAAGACUUCUUUAAGGCCGGGACACAGCUCCGCGCAUGCUCAUCAUCAGCCAGGGUGGCAAUACACACGUGCUUACGGCCAGCCGCGGCGCCUGCGCCGUAGCGGCCUGGAGUUGGUGCACGCAGGACGUUUCUCGCACCUUGACUCCUGCCCUCCGUGGGAGCCUGUUUGUGCUUAGUGUCCUGUGUAUACGCCUUGCAAGCGACGGCGCCAUGAGUCUGUCUUCCAGCGUACGAGGUGAAGUGGGACCUGGGAGCGGUCCACUCCAUGCUGGGAAUAGACAACUCUCCUCUGAGGCUGAGGCUAACCAGACUAUGCAGAGCUUUCUUCUCUCCAGCGUUCUGUGGAAUUGGGUUGAAUGGAUCGCAGCAGUUACUAUUGCUGCUGGUACAGCUGCGAUUGGUUAUCUAGCUUACAAAAGAUUUUAUGUUAAAGAUCAUCGCAACAAAUCUAUGGUAAACCUUCACAUCCAGAAAGACAACCCCAAGAUAGUACAUGCUUUUGACAUGGAGGAUUUGGGAGAUAAAGCUGUGUACUGCCGUUGUUGGAGGUCCAAAAAGUUCCCAUUCUGUGAUGGAUCUCACACAAAACACAAUGAAGAGACUGGAGACAACGUGGGACCUCUGAUCAUUAAGAAAAAGGAAACUUAAAUGAACAGUUUUGAUGCUGCAAACCAACUAGUCAUGAUGUUACCUGAUUGUUUAAUUGGAAUGGCUACCACUUCUGUCUAUUUCACUUCCCCUGGGUUCUAGAUGUGAUACAUUGCAAAUUGCAGCUUUCAUACUCACAGCAUUUGCCUUACUUGUUGAACCAUUGUGGUACACAUUUGUUUAAACAAAAAAAGGAAAAAGUAAAAACGAACCUUAUGGCCCAUGGGUUAUCUUGGUCUUGUAAGGAUCCAUUUCUUUACGUUUAAAAUAAUUAUAUUAGAAUAUAGUUGUAUGUUGAAGUUAAUACAUUAAAUUAUUCUCAGAAUGA